AUGGCUAUUAUGUUUACAAAAUCUUUAUCAACUGAAAUUAAUAAAGAGAUAUUAUUUAAAUUUAAAUGUGGUAAAUCUAUACUUCUUCCUGGAAGUAGUAAAAAUACAAGAAAAGUUACUGCUGAAGAAACAAAAGGUAUUGCUUUUAUUAAAAAAUCUUUUGAUCAAUUAACUCAUUUUUGUUGGAUGAAUAGUGAAAAAAACAUUGUAAUUGAUGAUUUUAUAAUAUUUCCUGGAGAAACAGAAUUUAAAGAAGUUAGUGAAUGUUUUGAUGGCCGUGUUUUUAUGUUAAAAUUUAAAUCGACUAAUGAAAGAAAGUUAUAUUGGUUUCAAGAAUCUGAUAGAUCUAAAGGUGAUAAAAUCGUUAGAAGAGUAAACAAAUUACUGAAUAUUCCUCAAAAUAUACGUUUACUUCGUAGUAGAAAAUCUGAUGGUAGACGUUCACGAGAUUCCACUUUAGAUAUUCGAAAUUUAAAUGAUCCAAAAAAAAAUACAAAUGAAAUGUUAAGAUCAUUAGAUCAAAAUCAAUUAAUGCAUCUUUUAAAUUUAAUAAAUGGUGAAACAACUAUUAAUAAUAAUCAACCAAUAAAUAAUAAUAUGAAUGAUAACAUUUUUUUAAAUAACUUAAAUUUACCACAAAAAAAUAAUCAAGAAAUAAGUAGCUCUAAAAAACAAGUAGAUUUGUCUCGUCCAAUAGCACCAUCAAACUUUAUUGAACCUGGAAAACAAAAUUCUGAUAAAUCAAAAUCAUUAAAUUCAAAUGAAUUACCAAUUAAACAAAACUUUGAAGAAGUUAAAACUUCAUUAGUAUGUCCAUCAUUUGAAAGUACCGCUGCAACAAUCAGUUAUAAAAUUAAAAGAGGACAAGCUGGAACAUUUCUUGAAGAAUUUAAUUAUAAAAAUAAAAGUUUAAGCGAAUCUAGUAAAAAUGAACAUUUUGAUGUUAAUAAAACACUAUCAAAAGAUUCUUCAAAUAUGAAUACAAAUAAUGAUAAUACAAAAUAUUUAGUUUAUGCAAAAAGCGAUACAAUAAAUAAUGAAGAAGAUGAUAAUUCAAUGGAACCAGAACCUAAGAAAAAUAAACCCGGUAUUGAUAAUGUAGAUAUUGAUUAA